UGUGGUUUUAGGCUCCAGAGCCCCCCACUCCCCCCCCAUCCAUCCCAUUUCUACAACGCGUCCUGUCCGCUAGGAGACAGACAGCACCGAACGGCGUGUGCGCAGCAGCACACAGCAAGCACCCAAACCACCAAGUCUGUUGUGAUCACCAGUCCAAGGCCAGGCUGGCACUAUUUAUAAAUCUAACACACUGGAACCAGCUCAGGUUGACAGGUAAAGGAUUUUAAUUACCAUCCUACAGAGACAAACACAUACGCCGGAAGCGUGAAGGCAUGGCCGAAGCGGAGUUACAAACGUUUACCUCUAUCAUGGACGCAUUGGUUCGUAUCAGUUCCAACAUGAAGAGCAUGGAACGGGAGCUUCACUGCCCAGUGUGUGAUGAGAUGGUGAAGCAGCCAAUCCUAUUGCCUUGCCAGCACAGUGUGUGCUUGCUGUGUGCGGCUGAAGUAUUGGUGCAAAGAGGCUAUCCUCCUCCAGACCUCCCUCCUGAGCCCAACUCUCCAGCCUCUACACCCAACACACGCUCCCCACGCCAGGCACGCAGACCCCCACCCAGGACUCCUGAUCGCCUGGAACAAGUCCUCAGAACAGUGUGUGGAACGUACCCAGGGCGUCGACGGAAGGACGCAGCCCCUCCCCCCAUGCUGUUCCCAUGUCCUUCCUGUCAGCAGGAUGUGGAGCUUGGAGAGAGAGGCCUGACAGACUGCCUCCGCAACCUCACCCUGGAGCGCAUUGUAGAGAGGUACAGGCACACAGUAAGUCUGGGCAGUGUUGCCAUCAUGUGUGGUUUCUGUAAGCCUCCUCAGUCUCUGGAGGCCACUAAGGGCUGUGCUGACUGUAAGUCUAACUUCUGCAAUGAGUGUUUCAAACUCUACCACCCCUGGGGAACCCCUCGAGCCCAGCAUGAACACAUUUUACCUACCAACAGCUUUCGACCGAAGGUCUUAACCUGUACAGAGCAUGAGCAGGAACGACUGCAGUGGUAUUGUCGUAACUGCCAGAAGUUACUGUGCCCAUUUUGUAAGCUCCGUCGUGUCCACCAUGGACACAAAGUGUUGCCUAUAGCGCAGGCUUACCAAGCUCUCAAAGACAAAGUCACCAAGGAAGUCAACUACAUUUUGGCAAACCAGGAGGUAAUACAGGGCCAAAUCACUCAACUGGAAGCUGCCAUUAAACAGAUGGAGGCAAAUAGCACAGUGGCAAUGCAUCAUCUGACCCACUGUAUCCGUGAGCUGGAAGCAGCAGUAGUAGAGCGUCAGGGAGCUUUAGUCCUGGCCCUGGAGGGGUCUCGCAGCAGGAGGGAGGAGGCCUUGUCUGUCCAGGUUUCAGAGAGGCGAAGCCUUCAGGAACAUGCAGGCCUCAUGGCCUACACCCAGGAGCUGCUGAAGGAGACUGAUCCACCCUGCUUUGUACAGGCUGCCAGAGUCACUCACAACAGGCUGGUGAAGGCUAUAGAGAACCUCCAGUGUUUCUCCCUCUCUGUUGAUCCGUCCUUCAGACACUUUCACCUCGACGCAUCCCGAGAGAUCAAGCUCAUCAACAGCUUGGAGUUCAUACACGCACCACUUGCUCCAGUCAUCGACACCCAGAAGACACUUGCAUACGAUCAUCUGUUUCUGUGCUGGCGCCUCCCUCAGGACUCGGCUCCAGCUUGGCAUUUUUCUGUUGAAUACCAGAGACGAACAGGAGUAGUUGGUGCCACAUGGGGUGGCACCAGGUCCCCUAAUGCAGAAACAGCAUGGCAACGCCUGGAUGAAGUGAGAGGCACUUCAGCUGUGAUUGACCGGCUGCAAAUGGACAGUGUGUAUGUGCUCAGGGUGAGAGGCUGCAACAAGGCUGGGUUUGGAGAAUACAGCGAAGAGGUUUAUCUCCACACUCCACCUGCACCUGUUUUGAGUUUCUCCUUGGACUCCCGCUGGGGUUUGCAUGCUGACCGGCUGGCUUUAGGUAAAGGCCUGACCUAUGCCCGCAGUGUGCCAGGCCUUUCACUCCUGCAGGCUGCAGAUCGUGCUCUUACUUCUUGUCAUUUGACUUCUGACCUGCUGGUGGCUGACUUAGCUGUCACUCAAGGCAGACACUACUGGGCAUGCUCUGUUGAGCCUGGUUCUUACCUAGUUAAGGUGGGAGUAGGUCAAGAGACUAAGCUACAAGAGUGGUUUCAUCUCCCUCAGGACAUGGCCAGCCCUCGCUGUGACCCUGACAGCGGCCAUGACAGCGGUGCAGAGGACGGACAGGACUCCCCUCCCUUCUGCUUUCUCACCAUGGGCAUGGGUAAGAUCCUUCUUCCUCAAGGACAUAGUCACACUCAGAGUCAGGGGGACAGCCAAAGCCAUGGAGCAGCCCACUCCCACAGUAGCAGUCACAGUAACUUGCCUCAUCCUCAUACUGCCCCUCUGCCACCACGCCUUGGGGUAUGUCUGGACUGUGACAAAGGACGUGUCACCUUCUAUGAUGCUCACUCUUUGCGUGUCCUGUGGGAAGGACAUGUAGACUGCUCAGCACCUGUGUGUCCGGCCUUCUGCUUCAUCGGCGGGGGGGCACUGCAGCUGCAAGAUCUUGUGGCCAAUCGGAGCAUUGAGGAGCCUCCACCCCGGAGGGUAACCAUCCAAACACGUGCAACAAACCUCGGCAAAUAAAAUGUAAGGGAGACUGUUCAUGAGCACAGUUCAUUCACUGAUUAAAGUUUGUGUCAAGUCUGUGGAGUCAGAUAUGUUUCUAUUCAACUGAUGUUAGAUCAUGGAUCAGUGAAAUGCCUUGAACCUGUCAAACACCGGUAUUUGAUUGACAUGUCUCAGUAAAACUAAUACAUUUUUCAGAUCAGCGUGAUUUUAAAGAUUUCACCACAGUUAUUGGUGUUCUUACUCUUGCAUUUGUACCUGCCUUGAAAAUAUGAAAACACACCCCUGGCUGUAUCUGUUUAUUAAUUCCUCCUGCUUUCCUUCUCCACAUCUUUACAGCAAUGUAUUUAUGGAUUUAUGGCUGAAUGAUUUUAAGACUAUGCAGAAUUCAUUUGACCACUUUUGUUACCUUUCUACACAAAUUUGUUUGCAUUAUAAAAAAAAUAAAUAAAUAAAUCUGUCCUCCUUUUACAGUUUAUAAUUUGUCCUAGAAUGACUGGACAACAAAAUUAGCAUGCAAGUGGAAGUACAAUUUAAAGCAUACAGUAUGUGCAGAUAAAUAAGAGUUACCAUGUAAAAGCACCUCAAAUGUACUGUAUGUCUAAUUUUUUAUAUUCUGGAUUAUUUUUUGUAGCCUCAACAAGAAUUAACAAUGUGUACAUAUUGCAGAAUUAGAGAAUGUGAAAACACUGAUUGUUGAAUUGUAAUUUUCUGCUGGCUCCAUCAGGAUCACGUGUCUCUCCUGUGUCUCAACAGCCUUGUUGGUAUUUUAUAUAGUAGCUGUUUUGCAUUUCAAAAGGACAUGUGUUGGCAUUUCAUCUGGGGAAACAUGCCCGCUGUUGUUUUCAGAUUACAACAAAAAUCAAAGAGAAAAAAGGUGUCAUUGUACUGGCUUGCUAAUAUGUGAAUACUUGUCAGUGUUGUACAUUUUGAUGGAGUUGAAAGAUGUAGAUGGCCGCCUUCUUUUCUGUUAAACUGUGGUGUUUGAGCGAUUUGCACAUACAUAUUAACAAUCUAACAAAAGGAAAUGGGAGUUGAGCCAACAUUAAGAGGUUUUGCUGACUUAAACUCAACUUUUAUGCUAUAAUGUUCUUUUUAUUGCACUUGAAAGUAGCAUAUUUACUCAUCAAGAUGAGUUAUGCUUCAGUUAUGAAACAGUUAAAUGCAUAAGAUUGUCUAAAUUGUAAUAUUUUCACAUUGACUGGCUCUGACUGUAUUUUGAUACAUUCAGUAUUUUUUGUAAUGUGUGUGUAUGUGUGUGCGUGUGUGUGUAUGUGUAUGUGUGUGUGUGUGUGUGUGUGUGUGUGUAGUGGGGCUGUCAUCCAGAUCAAUAACUGUGACUCUUUGUUGUGUGUAUGUUAUGGAUGAAUUGUCUGAACUCUACUCAUUUUACAGCACAGCACCUGAAUGACUUUAGAGUGUAGCAUCUUAUGAAUCACAAAUCUCCUAACUUAGACUUUGCCUUGCUGGCAGAAUGUUUCUUUUCAUAUCAUGAAAAAAACAAUAAAUUACUGAUAAAUAUAA